UAUACAUCCUACGCAAGGUUUGCUUGUGAUGAUAUAAAAAAGGAAACAUUAAUGGCAAAUGUUGAGAGGUGGAUAGAAGCAGAUGCUGGUAUUGAAGUAUUGUAAGCUUAAAUAUAAAUGAUACAGGUUUUAUGAAGUUCUCAGGAGUACAAUCAUGAUUAUUGUUUGAGCUGUGUGCUCUUCUGCGCCAAACCAACCCCCCUUUCUUUGCAUUUACACACAACCCAUAUACUGUCGUUUUCCAACUUUCUUUCUUUCUUCUUCAACCUUAUACAUAAGAGUUUCUUGGCCCUGAAACUUUUUGUGUUUUUUUCCAGUAAAAGCUCUUAUUCCAGAUACAGAAAAUUAGGGUUCUUGUUCUUGCUUUCUGGGCAUGCAUUGAGUUCAUGAAAAAAUGGUUAUUAGAUUCAGCAAUCUGUAUUCAAGACUUGUAUUCUUGCUUCUUUUCUUUGUUCUUUUCUUCAACAAUGGUAGAUCUGUUUGGGGUAUGAAUUACACCAAGUAUAGAAAAGUAGGAACCUUGAGACUUUCAAGGAUUCAGAAGCAUUUGGAUAACCUCAACAAGCCUCCCGUUUUAUCCAUUCAGAGCCCAGAUGGAGAUAUUAUUGAUUGUGUUCAUAAAAGAAAACAACCAGCAUUCGAUCACCCCCUCCUCAAAACCCACAAAAUCCAGAGAGUGCCACCAAAAAUGCCAACGGUGAAAUCAAUGGUGAAAACACAGGAGGAAGAUCCUAGUGGCAAAUCUGCAAAUAUUAGUCAAAAUGAAGGGUAUAUAAGAAGAGAUGCGUGGCAAAUGUGGCACCAAAAUGGUAAAAAGUGUCCCAAAGGGACAGUUCCGGUGCGACGGAGCACGGUGCACGAUGUUCUGAGAUCAAAUUCCCUAUAUGAUUUUGGCAAAAAACGACGUAGUAAUGCACCACUUGCGAGACGUGCUGAUGCACCUGAUGUGGUUAGUGGAAACGGGCAUGAGCAUGCAAUAGCAUACACAGGAACAUCAAGUGAGAUUUACGGGGCAAAAGCGACAAUAAACGUGUGGGACCCAAAGAUAGAAGUGAUUAAUGAGUUCAGUCUUUCCCAGAUUUGGGUUCUUUCCGGGUCUUUCGAUGGCUCUGAUCUCAAUAGCAUUGAAGCUGGAUGGCAGGUCAGUCCGGAACUUUAUGGUGACAGUAGACCUCGAUUAUUCACUUACUGGACGAGUGAUGCAUAUCAAGCAACCGGAUGUUACAACUUGUUAUGUUCAGGAUUCAUACAGACCAAUAGCCGAAUCGCUAUUGGUGCUGCUAUUUCCCCGCUAUCUGAAUUCGAAGGAAGCCAAUUUGAUGUUACCAUAGUCAUUUGGAAGGAUCCAAAACUUGGGAAUUGGUGGAUGGGGUUCGGAGAGAACACACUAGUAGGGUAUUGGCCGGCAGAGCUAUUCACACAUCUUGCUGAUCGAGCAACAAUGGUGGAAUGGGGAGGUGAGGUCGUGAAUUCACGAGCAAAUGGUGAACACACAUCCACUGGAAUGGGGUCGGGUCAUUUUGCAGAAGAUGGGUUUGGAAAAGCAAGCUAUUUUCGAAACCUAGAGAUAGUUGAUUCAGAUAACAGUCUUAUCUCAGCUCAUGAUAUAUCGACUCUAGCCGAGAACAACAAUUGUUAUAACAUUAAAAGCUCUAGCAGCAGUCAAUGGGGCACUUACUUUUACUAUGGUGGGCCUGGAAGAAAUGAUCAAUGCCGAUGACACUCACAAAGUCACAAUAUCUUUUUAUUUUAGUUUUAUUCUUUUUUUUUUUUUUUUUGGAAAAAUCU